UCGUUCCCGGAAGUGGUGGGGUCUGCCUGGAGAGAGCCGCUGGGUCUCGGUGCCCGGAGGCAGAAGCGCUCUCGGAGCUCGUCUGUCGGCCUCCGACUGCCAUGUCGGCCUUCGAGACCAAUCCCUUCGCGGACCCAAUGGACGUAAACCCCUUCCAGGACCCCUCUGUGACCCAGCUAACCAAUGCCCCACAAGGUGGCCUGGCUGAAUUCAACCCCUUCUCAGAGACAAGUGCAGCAACAACAGUUCCUGCCACCCAGUUCUCUGGGCCCUCGCAGCCGGCUGUUCUCCAGACCUCAGUGGAACCAACCCAGCCAACCCCCCAGCUCCUCCUUAGACAGGCCAGCAAGUUCCUGCCUACCAGAUUCCUGGCAGUGAGCGAGCUCUCAGAGAGGCAGAUGCUACUAGGAGGAGAUAGUAUUCUCAGAGACAGCUACAUGCGAAAGCUUCCAAAGGCUGUGGCCUCUGCAGCCCAGGCAAGCCUACUCCGGCAGCAGGAAGAACUGGACAGGAAAGCAGCUGAGCUAGAACGCAAAGAGCGGGAGCUGCAGAACACUGUGGCCAACUUACAUGUGAGAGAGAACAAUUGGCCGCCCCUGCCCUUGUGGUGCCCUGUGAAGCCCUGCUUCUAUCAGGACUUCUCCACAGAGAUACCUGCUGACUACCAGCGGAUAUGCAAGAUGCUCUACUAUCUCUGGAUGUUGCAUUCAGUGACUCUGUUUCUGAACCUGCUUGCCUGCCUGGCCUGGUUCUUAGUCGAUAGCAGCAAGGGAGUGGACUUUGGCCUCUCAAUCCUGUGGUUUGUGAUCUUCACCCCCUGUGCCUUCCUUUGUUGGUACCGACCCAUCUAUAAGGCCUUCAGGUCUGACAACUCUUUCAGCUUCUUCGUGUUCUUCUUUGUAUUUUUUUGUCAAAUAGGGAUUUAUGUCAUCCAAUUGAUUGGCAUCCCUAGCCUGGGGGACAGUGGUUGGAUUGCAGCCCUGUCUACACUGAAGCAAGACUUGGCUGUGUCGAUCAUCAUGAUGGUGGUGGCUGGCUUCUUUACCCUCUGUGCCGUGCUCUCACUCUUCCUUCUAAAGCGGGUACACUCCCUGUACCGCCGGACAGGGGCCAGCUUCCAGCAGGCCCAAGAGGAAUUUUCCCAAGGCAUCUUCAGCAACAGGACCUUCCGCAGUGCUGCCUCAUCUGCUGCCCGAGGAGCCUUCCAGGGGAAUUAGUCCUGACUCUCCUCCCUCUGCCCCAGCCUUUUCUCCUGUCUGCCUUCUGAGCUGCACUUUCCAAGGGUGCCUUAAGCAGUGCUAUGGCCAGCACAGACCUGGGGAGGGUCUUGCCUUGGCUCUUCCUCCUUCCUUAGCAACCAGCUUCCCCUUCCACCCAAGGGAAGGGGGGAGGGAUAGAGACUUUUUUUACACAAGAGAAAAGAAAAAAAACAGAGUUGUUUUUUCUUCUCUGGUGGUGGUUUGGUAGAAUUCUUUUGUCUCUCUCUGGAAGCAGUGGGACUGAAGUUCUCUUUCCUCUACACACACACACAUGCGCGCGCGCGCACACAUGCACACGUGUACACACUUGGGACCUCUGGCUGACCUGGGCCCACCCCCAGCUGGAGUUGUAUUUCUGUCCGGGGCCUGGGCCUCCACUCCUACCCCAGCAACCUGGCCUGAACCUGGCUUCACAGACCCAGUCUGUGGCUUCCAUAGUCCUGCCCUCCUUUCCUGUUGGGCUGGGAUGACCUCCCAAGGGCUCCCCUUUAGAUGAGCUAUGGUCUGGGCUGGUGGGUAGCUCUAUUCCCCAGAUUAUUCUGGACAAGUCUCUGGGCUUCCAGAGGCUCUGGGCUGAUUCCUCAGCCCCUUCCCUGCCUCAUGUUUCUCACAAACAGAUUAAUAGCCCUAUUGGCCCCCUGCACCUUUUUGGUGUGGGCAGCACCCUAUGCCAUCUGGGGCCCUCCCUGAGCCCUUCCCUCCUUAGACUUACUAAAUGUACAUUGGGGUUGGUUGGGAUCUGGGGAUGGGGAAGGACAGGACAACCUGAGUUGUCCUGCCCAGCCUUUAACAGUCUUCUAGGAGGGGUGUAUGUGACUGUCCUGGUGUGGAUAGUUUGUCCCUGUUUGUUUUGGUUUCCUCUUCUCCUGGGGGACAGCUGCACUCUGCGUUGGCCUCACAUUCUAAUUCUCUGUCCCCACAUCAGCAAUAUCUAGCUUGUAUGACUCUUAGGAAGGGCAGGGUGAAUCAGUCCAGACCUGCAUCCUUCAGGCUGCACUGAUGAACCAGGGUUCCAGACUCAUCCUUCAGGGUUUUCCCAUACCCUGAGUAGUAGAGUCUAGGUUACCUUCCACUGGUCCUGGGGAUUCCCUGGGAGGUGUGUCACUGUGAUGAGCACCUAGGAGUCCACCAUUAACACGUGCACCAUAUCCUCCAGGGACUGUAGGAAUGGGUGUGUGGACUGAGGGAACUUCUCAAAAAGCAGGCCAACCCAGAGGCAGCCCACAGUCUGCAGCCCACUCCACUCCAGAGCCGCUGAAUGAUAAUUUAAUGGCAAUGACCAAGGUUUUGUAAAUUCCUUUCUGGUAUUUUUUCUCCAUGUAUAAAUGUAUAUGUUAUGUUUCAGUUUUGUGCUUAAAUAAAAAGACAUUUUCAGACAA